AAAAAUGAUUCAAGUGGCUGGCUUAUUUCAGUGAAAUAAAAUGCCUUCUGACGAAGAGCUGAAAGCGAAAAGGCUCUCCAUGAUUGCAAAAGUUCGGAAACAGAAGUCAGAUUUGGAACAGCUGGUUAAAGUCACACCCGCAGUAUCAUCAACAGUUGCCGGGGAAUCGGCGGGGAGCGAUGUUAUCCCUAUGUCGUCAUCAUCGGCGCCUAAUCCUCCCACAAGCGCACCCGUGUUGAGCUGGUUCAUGAACAACUCCAGCUCUGACAAGAUCAGUUGUAGGGAUCCUAGACGCGCAGCUAGUGCCAGUGGUGUUGCCGGUACCAGAUAUCUUCCCCCAUCUUCACACCUACCGUCAAUUGCUGCUGCUAGUGAUGCUUCUGCUGCUGCCCUUUCAAAGACGACUUCUUGUAGCUCGUCUACUCCUACCCCCCAACGAUCAAGGAGUCAUACAGUCAUCUCGUCUGCCGGCAUUCCUCCACCACCCCCUCCUACCUCUCUAGACCAGACCAGUACUCUUUUGGUUUCACAGCAAGUGCAGAAUACUGGAGCUAACAACCAGCAUCAGCAGCCAGUGCGCUCUUUGGUGGAGCAGCAGCAGGCGGCAUGGAAUCACGCAAAUUUGAUAUCUGACUGUUUCUUUGUCACUCAGAACUCUGCCUAUGGGAACUUAAUCAUUCCCGUUGUUCCCCGAAUCAAAACAGAGCAGCUGACACCACACACAGAAUUUUCAGCUCUUUAGUUGUUGUUCUGUCGCUGAAGUUUGUCGGUUGAUGUGCAAGUAGCCCAGAAAGUGCUGAGGAAGUGCCAAAUCAGCCUUCAAAAUAUUGUUUUACUCAGCUGAAAUUUUAAUAUUCAAAUUUCGAAAAGUAAAUAUAGCCUAAUAAACAGAUUUUCGCUUU